GAUGUUACAACAAUUUAUUUAAUAAUGAUGGAGUUGAUGGAAAAUAUAUAUUUAAGAAUCUGCCAGUUGGCCUUUUUGAAUUAAAACUAUCAUUACCAUCUGAGAUUGAUUGCAAUGAGGAUGUUGAUGUUGAAAUAGACGGUGGAAUUGUUGAUAUA